AUGGCGCAAGACACUCAAGCUGUCGCCAUAACCCAACUGGGUCAAGAAAAGACCGAUUUCCCACUUCUCCGUCUCCCGGCCGAAAUACGAAACCGGAUCUAUUCGGAGACCUUGCACGAGGACCUCGUCGUCCAGCUCCUCCUUGAACCCCAGCCAGAUCUUCUUCGCACAAACAAGCAGAUUAGAAGCGAGGCCCUGCCAAUCUACUACGGCGUGAACCAGUUCUUCGUGACCAUCCACGGGCCGGAUGGUCCGUAUAGUCUCUUUCGCAUCCCGUCGGUAGUACGACCCUUCGUGAGAGACGUGCCCACGAGCAUCAAGGCACACAUUCGACACAUCAUAAUCCACAUCGACUACCACCAUCGCCCUCAGAAGUAUGACCAUGUCCUGGAGCUCACCGACGGAUCCCACCGCCCCAUUCCUGCGUCGUACAGAGUCGGCGAGCCUGGGGCGGACUGGACAAACUACGUUUCAGCCAGGAUGGUCUUUAACAGUAAUCUAGUGGAUAUGCCAGUUAAGCUUCUUCCGUUUCUUGAGGCGGGCGACCACGUGUACAGCAAGGGGUGUCAGCCGCCGCUUUCGCUAUCUGAAGCCACCUGGCUUCUGGCGCGGACCUUCAUUGCGUCAGCAAAGUCGGUAUACAUCGAUGCCUGGAGACACAAGGAUCUGGACCUGGUCUACGAGUUGUCGAGACUCAACAGAGAAGGUCUUGAUGUCUAA